AUGAACUCGUUGCUCUUCGGGGAAAUGGCCCGCGCCUUCUCCCCCGGCGCGGCGGCCGCCUCCUGCCCGCUGGGCCCCGGCGGCGGUGGCGGCCCCGGGAGCCCGGCGGCGGCCGGGGGUCCGCCGGUAACGGCGGCGCUUCGGAACGACCUGGGUUCCAACAUUCACCUGCUGAAGGGGCUGAACGUGCGGUUCCGCUGCUUCCUGGCCAAGGUCCAUGAGCUGGAGCGGCGGAACCGGCUGCUGGAGAAGCAGCUGGCGGCCCAGCAGAGCGAGCGCGACCGCCGCCUGCGCUACAAGACCUUCUCCCGCGACCAGGCCGUGCAGACCGACUCCGGGAGCCUCCCGCUGCUGCCGCCGCCGGGUCCCGGCCACGGGCUGGCCGCGGCUGCCUUGGCCUCGCCGCUGCACUACAGCCGUUUGCCGGGUACCAUCUGGAGCUACACCCAGGUGCGGCGUACCGGAGGCGGCGGCUUAGAGACGGUGCAGGGGCCCGGCGUCUCCUGGGUCCAUCCGGACGGCGUCGGGGUGCAGAUCGACACCAUCACCCCCGAGAUCCGCGCCCUCUACAACGUGCUGGCCAAAGUCAAGCGGGAGCGGGAUGAGUACAAGAGAAAAUGGGAAGAAGAAUUGACAAGAAGAAUGAGUCUGGAAUCUAUGGUGGAAACCUUGCGAGAGGAGGCGCAGGAAGCAGAAGCUCUCCAGGAGGAGUUAAAUGAAAAGAUUGAGAGACUGAAAGCUGAACUUGUGGUCUUUAAGGGUCUGAUGAGUGAUCCCAUGACAGACCUGGACACAAAGAUUCAAGAAAAGGCCAUGAAGGUGGACAUGGACAUCUGUCGACGAAUCGAUAUCACAGCCAAGCUGUGUGAUGUAGCGCAGCAGCGCAACUCUGAAGACGUUUCCAAGAUAUUCCAGGUGGCUUCCAAGAAGAAAGAACGCAAGCUCACGUCUGAUGACGACCUUUCAGAACAGGAUGGAGACAAUGGCAGGUUCUCUGAUGACGAGGUCAGCUGUUCACUGAACAUCACAGAUGAAAUGAAGCGUAUGUUUAAUCAGCUUCGUGAGACAUUCGAUUUUGAUGACGACUGUGAUAGUUUAACGUGGGAGGAGAAUGAAGAAACGUUGCUUCUCUGGGAAGACUUCACAAACUGCAAUCCUUCAAUUGACCUCCAAGGAGAGGAAGAGAACCUGGGAAACUUGAUCAACGAAACAGAGUCUUUCUUUAAAACGAGAGACAAGGAAUACCAAGAAACAAUAGGGCAGAUAGAGCUGGAACUGGCCACAGCCAAGAGCGACAUGAAUCGCCACCUCCAUGAAUAUAUGGAAAUGUGUAGUAUGAAAAGGGGCCUGGAUGUACAAAUGGAAACCUGUCGUAGGCUUAUCAAAGGCUCAGCUGACAGAAAUUCUCCAUCUCCCAGCUCUGUAGCCAGCAGCGACUCAGGAAACACAGAUGAAAUUCAGGAUGAGUUGGACAGAGAGACGGAUGUGGAGCCCAUGGUCAGCUGAUACAAAGCUGGAGCAUUCCAAUAAAAGGGAAGAUAAGAAAAGAUGAAAAAAAUACACUGUUGGGGGGGAAAAGAAAACAAAAAAGACUUUGUGAGCCCUUACUAAAGGGUUUCUGAGGACUCAUUCCUACACCAUCCCCACCCCACCCAAGGAUUGGUGCUGUAAACUUCUAUUGUUAUACAAAUCAUAAAUGCAGAGUCCUGUAAGAAAACACAGUCUUUUAAUUGUGCCUUUGCCCCAAGCUGAGCCACUUUGAGCUCCAGUGGAAUAUUAAUAGCAGGUGUUUUUAUAUUGAAAAGAAUAUAUAUUAUUUAAACAAACAAAAUGAAUUUGGUAGCAGCAGAGAAUGGUGCUGCAAAGGCUCUGGGUGUUUCAACAAGCUCCUGGUUUUAUUGAACUGCUGCACUGAUUGGCAAAAGGAACUCUGGCAAAAUGAGAAAGGAACCCAAGACAAUUAUGGGACAAUUACCAAUGUCUGGCACAAGAAAAAAAAAGAAUGUCUCCAAAUUGAACUGUAAACACUUAAAAAUAAUAGUGGGUUUAAGGGCAGCUUUUAGGAUUAAGCACUUAUACAACAGUCAAAGGAAUUUCUUCAUUCUCUCUUUCUUGGGUGAAGGGAGCUUUUGAGAUUUGUACAAGCUUUUUCUGCUAGACUCCAGAAUCUGAAGCAGCAGGUCUCAGCUCGGUGGCAAAGCAGGUGGAGAGAGGGAGGGUUCAGUGGGGUGGGACUAUCACUGACAAACUACUAUGCAAAACAACAACAAAAAGCUGGCCUUAUUUAUAUGGAAUGUUUGGUCCCUGCUGGGCUACAGCUAUCUCUUGAGGAAAGGAAAGCUAAACCCACAUUUGCACAUGUUAGUUACCUGUAGAGCUUCUUUUGAGGAAGAAUGUCUUACAAUGCCUUUGUUUCCAGUGAUUGGAUUAAGAGGGGGAAUCCAUCCUUCCUGUGUGGUUCUGUGUUUUCUUCUGUUCCAGGGUUUUAAUUUGGAAGCCACAGUGUUUGCAGAUCUUCCUUUGCUGACAGGGAGAUAAACUCCCAUUUUAUGCUGCUUUCACGAUGUUUAGAGAGGGAUAGUUGAAGCAUCAGGAUGAACUGACAUGCUGUGGUACAGAUGUAGGCUUGAGACGUGACAUGGGGGAGAGUUUUUUCCAGACUACUGUUUUUCACUGGUUUAGGGAGCAGUAAAAUGAAUCCCAAGCUACUGCUGCCCUAGAUUUGGGGAAGAACAGCCAUGUGCUUUCUCUGUGAGAAAGUGAGAAGACCUGGGCUUUGUCAAUCUUCCUGUAUUCUUUGGGUUUUUUUUGCCCAGGAGACAGCAACAUCAAAAGUCAGAUCACUUGGUGGUAUUUGAGGAAACUCUGGCAUCAUCAAGCUGUUCAUGGUUAGCAGUGGGAAUUGUAGCACCUCAGCCAGGUUAAAACAGGGUAUAAACCUCAGACAAUAAUUUCUUUGGUUUUUAGACCAAGAUUGGAAGUGUAGUUAAUCCUACCUAAAGGUCACUGUGUAGUUAACUAGCAGUUGCAAGUAAAUACCAAAUGUGGUUUUGUUUCCCCUGCCAGGAAGCUUAGAAACUGCUCUGUAGGAGCAGUGCUAGGACUGGACAGGGAAAAAGACCCAGUUUAAGCACCCUCUCAGUGUUAUGUAAAGGCCAGCUGGCCAGUCUUUUUAAGCUUCCUGAGUAUUGUUUCCAUCCUUUCUUAGGUAUUGAUCUGAAAUCAGCAUUGUAAGCAUCCAGCCAGUGUAGAUCAGUGUUGCUUGCUUCCAAAAAGAGCACAAGUGUCUCUCCAAAUGGCACAUUCCAAGGCAGAAGUGCCACUUGUCUCACAGCCAUGGAGAAGAGCAGCACCUCAGAGGGUUUUUAUCCCCACUGUGACUGUGGGUACAGUCACAUCUUCUCAGCUUUGAGGUUGCUGCCUUGCUGCCAUUCAGAUCCAUUUCCUGCUUGGACAUGAUGGUGCUUUUCAGAGUAGAGAGGAGGACCAGGAUGAUCCCUCUGGAUCCAUAAUGUGGAGGCAAUGAUCCACAGUCAGUAGCUUCUGUCCAAGAAAACAGAUCCAUGGAUAUCCUUGAGGUUUCCUUCCUGAUUGAAAUACUCAGUGCAGUGAUUUGUAGAGUAGCUGGCAAUUGCUUGGUUCCUGUGGUGGGGGUUGGGGGCUUUUUCAAAGCCUAUUUCAUCAUGUAAAUGUAGAUAACUUUUCUCUGGAAAAGAAACCUGAUUCCAAAGUGCUCAUUCCUGUUAUUUCUUAGGUGGCCAAAGUGGUAAAUGUCACAUUCACA